AUGGCCUACGCAAAGACGGUGUCUGACAUUAGGAGUUUCUUAGGUUUAGCAGGGUAUUAUAGGCGUUUUGUGAAGGACUUUUCAAAGAAUGCUAAGCCUAUGACCUCUCUAAUGAAGAAGGACAAGAAGUUCGAGUGGGAUGUGAAGUGUGAGGAAGCGUUUCAACUCUUGAAGCAAAAGUUGAUUACAGCGCCAGUGUUAACAUUGCUUGAUGAUAGUGGAAUCUAUGAUGUACAUAGUGAUGCAUCCAAGAAUAGUCUUGAAAGGAAUGGUGUCCUUCAAACAAGUGUUGAAAUCGUUUUUAAUUGGAUUAAAAUCGUAUUUAUGCUAUUUUUGGCCUAUAAACUUCGAUUUUGA